GGCGUCUGUAGAUUUUCUGCCGUUCUAGAACGACCAACUAAAUGAAUGAGUCUGCACAUCCAUCACAGGUAUCUCACACCCGUCAGCACAAUAGCACCAUUUCCCAUGCACCCAGGUAGCCAACACAGGCAUCACUUUCUGAGGAAUCCCAGCGGCAGCUGCGAAGGUGCGCAUGGGUAGGGAGGCGUCUUGAAGUACUCGUGGGCAAGCGCCUGACACACACAACCAACUCACAAUACAGCAUUAGUCGCUGUUUGCCCGGCAGUGUUGUGUGCACCUACCUCUUUGGCGGAGAUGCGCUGGUUUGGAUUGAGGACGAGCAGCUGUCUGAGGAGGGCCAAUGAGAGCUCCGACACGCCAGGCCCGAAGACCUGCCUGAAGUCCUGGGGUGGGGCGUAAGUGAACUCACAGUAUCGGGGCAGAUGCUUGGCGCCCUACACACAACACAAACAGACAGCUGUAAUGGGCACCAACACAGACAUGGAUGGAUGGAUGGAUGGAUGGGCACCGGCCAGUUUGUUUCGGUGGGUGUCCCCAUGACGUCGAAUAUCUUGGCCAGCUGAUCCACCUCUCCCUGACCGUUGAACAGCGGACGACUGCGCACACGACAGACAUACACACACGCAUCUCGAUCCUUCCUGCCGGCCGGCUUGCUUGCCCACCCCAGCAGCAUUUCAGCAAAGAUGCAGCCGACGCUCCAGAUGUCGACCUUGUCACCUGACACACACAGGCAGACCAGGUGGUCCACUCCACGUGUGUCCUCCUCUCUCUCUCCUGUGCUUACUGUACAGCCUGGCGAAGUAGAGCAGCUCAGGCGGCCGAUACCAGCUGCGCACACGCACCAGGCAGGCACGUGCAUAUGAAUCAGUCGUGUGCCCACGCCGGCAUGAUCCUCCCUGUAUGUCUUUUCUUCCUUACAUGGUGACGACUUGAGGCGUCAUGGCCCGGUCGGGCGAGCCGUGGCUGCGAGCCAGACCGAAAUCACCCAGCUUGAUCUCACCUGACAACCAUCGCACCACACAGGUGUGGUGUGUGCACUGGACAGUGGUGGUCAUUCUGUGUUGGUCGCUCACCUUCUGCGUUGAUGAAGACGUUUGCAGGCGCCAAAUCCUUGAGAACGAUGAGUGCACAAAGAUGUAUGUGAAGUGAUUUCUUGCCCCUCUCUCACCCUGUGAAUGAAAUACCACGAGUGCAUGACCUCCAAACCUGACAAGACACGCACGAGCGCAGAACCAUCCAGCUAUGUGUGUGUCUGUGUGUUUGUGUGCUGCCGUCUGUCUGUCUGUCUGUCUGUCUCACCUUGCAGUAUUUGCUGCAUCAUGCCCUUGAUGUGCGCCUCAGUCAGCUGCGGAUGGGAACCCAAAAACUGAAGACACACCCGUGAGUGAGUCAGUCAAUGAGUGAAUGAACUAGCCGGUUGUUGCUUGCCUUCUUGAGAUCGGUGUGCAUGAAAUCCAUCACCAAGUUGACGAAGUCGCCCUCGGCAUACACAUCGAUCAACUGCACACACACACACACACACAGACGUGAGAGAGAGUGCCUGUCUGUGUGUCUGUGUGUUCGUUCUCACCCCCAUGACGUUUUUGUGUCGGAUUUCCUUCAUGAUUUUGAUUUCCCUGAGAACGGUGAAGUGGAUGCCGGCCUCGCCCACCGGCAGCCGGCCGCUGUGCUGCUCCUCGUCGACACACUUGCGGUCCAGCUUGACCCGCUUGACGGCCACUAUCCUAAACACACACACACACACACACAGAGAGAGAGAGAGAGAGAGAUGGAUGAGUGUUUCUGUGUGCGGCAACACUCACUUGUUUGUCGCCUUGUCCAGCGCCUUUGCGACCGUCCCAUACGUCCCGGCGCCGAUGUUGGCGUCCAACAAGGAGUAGCGACCGCUGCCCUGCAACAAACAAAGAAGCACACACGAAUGCGACAAGCAAGCAAUCAUUCUCGGUUCUGUUGCUGGUCUGCUUACCUUGCUGGUCGUGGUGCUUGGCGCCUGCGCCUCUCCCGUCGCCCCGCUCGCCGUCUGCAUGGCCUCGGGAACACUCACCGCUGACACUUAUCCAUCGAUUGGCCAGAUCUGCGUCGGUUUGCCGUGCAGAAUGCCCAAGAGGCCGACGCGAUUUGUUUUUG